GAACCGUUCCCCAUCAUCAUCAUUCAUAAUAAUGAUUAUGGUAAUCAUACUCGCUUUUCAUACUUGCCAACUCCCUACUCGCCACUGUCCACUCUUCAAACAAUCAAAGCCUCUCCCACUUAAUUCCUUUUUUUGCUUUUUUUUCCACUCUCAGAACUCUGCAAAAGACAGAGAAAAAGAGAGCAGAGGCAUGGCUAUUUCAGUCUCCAUUUCCCAUAUUACCCCUAUCACAUUGUUUUAUUUACUCCUCCUCCUCCUCCUAUCCUCCACCGUCACCACCACCACCACCUCUGCUCUCAACAUAACCUCCAUCCUCUCCUCCUUCCAAAACCUUACCUCCUUCUCCUCCCUCCUCUGCUCCACCUCCGUCGCCCCUGAUCUCACGCGCCGCGACCCCGUUACUUUACUCGCCGUCCCGAACUCGUACCUCUCCACGUCCCCUUCCUCCGACCUCACGCACCGCCUCCCGCCGUCGUCACUAGGUGACAUCCUGCGCUACCACGUCCUUCUACAAUACUUCUCCUUGAGCGACCUCCGCCAGAUCCCACCCUCAGGCGUCCUUGUAACCACCCUCCUCCAAACAACGGGCCGGGUCCAUUCCAACUUCGGCGCCGUCAAUAUCACCCGUGACCCUUUAACCAACUCCAUCACAAUCCAAUCACCGGCCCCUUUCUCCCCAUCCAACGUCACCGUUUUAUCGUUAAUCAAAACCCUCCCUUACAAUAUCACAAUCCUAGCCGUUGAUUCCCUCCUUGUUCCCUACGACUUCAAUCUAUUGGCCUCUGAAACCCGGCCCCCCCUUGGCCUCAACAUUACCAAAUCCCUAAUCGAUGGCCAUAAUUUCAACGUCGCCGCCUCCAUGUUAGCCGCUUCCGGCGUCGUCGAUGAAUUCGAAGCCGACGAGGGCGGUGCUGGAAUCACUCUCUUUGUCCCCACAGAUGAUGCGUUCGGUGAUCUGCCGGGCAAUGUCAAAUUGCAGUCACUCCCAGCUGAUAAAAAAGCUGUGGUCCUAAAAUUCCACGUGCUUCAUUCUUAUUACCCUUUGGGUUCACUGGAAUCGAUCGUGAACCCGGUCCAACCCACAUUAGCCACGGAAGAUAACGGCGCCGGCAGCUUCACUCUCAAUAUUUCAAGAGUCAAUGGAUCUGUCGCGAUCGAUACGGGAAUCGUUCAAGCAUCGGUUACCCAAACGGUGUUCGACCAAAACCCCGUUGCCAUUUUCGGGGUUUCCAAGGUUUUGUUGCCUAGAGAGAUUUUUGGGAAAGACUCGGCUGGAGUAACAUCGAAGCCGGGGAAUGCGGUGGUGGGGACGACAGUUCAGCCGCCGGAAACAUCUCCAUCACCGGAGAAUUCGGCCGGGUUUAGUGGUCCAGCGUCACAUCUUUCAUCGCCGCCGGGAUUUCGUGAAGAGAUAACAUCGAAGGGUGGAAGAUAUCGAAUGCAAAGCUGCAUUGUUACUGUAUGUUGUAUAGGAUUGGUUCUAGUGGAAAUUAUGAAGGAGAAACCUUGCCGGAUAAUGGCCGUCAAGUUUCUGCCAUGACCAAUUUGAGAUCGAUUCUUUUUUUCUCUUCUGUGCCUAUGUGAAACCUGUGUUGUGUCUACAUUAUCCGGAUUUUUUCCCCUGUACUCGCAUCUUAUAUAUGUUUGUACCAUAUCAUCAAAGUGGCUACAUUUUUGGUUCUGUAUGGUUUUGCUAAUUUUAUUUUUGUAAACUACAUAUUUUGAAAGGACACUGAUUUAGAUAUGCAUUCAUAUGGGAUUACGAAUGCAUUUUGUGCAA